AUGAGAGAAGAGAGAGAGAGAGAGAGCCAGAUGAAGGAGAAGAAGAAGAAGAGAAGCUGGACGAGGGCGAAGGAGGAAGAAGAAGAAGAAGAAGAGCGAGAGAGAGAGAGAGAGAGAAGGAAGAAAGAAGAAGAAGAAGAAGAAGCGCAGGAGAAGAAAAAAAGACGCCAGGCCAGGAAAGGGAAGGGAGGAGGCGUAAAGACGUUACGGGACGGUGACAGCGCGGGAGACAGGCAGAAAGGGCAGAAAGAGACCAGAAAGAGAGGCUGCAGGCGGCGGGCGAUACGAGGUGGUUACGACAGUGAUACGCUGACGAUACACGACGAUACAGCGAUACAGACAAUACAAACGCCACAGAGGGAGAAGAGAAGAGAAGAAGAGAAGAAGAGAAGAAGAGAAGAAGUAACAAGUAAGAAGAUGGUAACCUCUCUCUCUUUACUCUUUACCUUUACUCUCUUUCUCUCUUCUACGGAGUACUAUUUACUCUCUUCUUCUCUUUACUCUCCCAACUUCUCUUCUUCUUCUUCUCUUCCUCUCUUAAGCAGCAGUUGGGGGCCAGACGGCAGAGAAGAAGAGAAGAGAAGAAGGGCAGAGAAGAAGAGAAGAAAAGCAGCAAAAGAAGAAGAAGAACAGAAGAAGAGCAGAAGAGCAGAAGAGAAGAAGAGAAGAAGACACAUCACCAGCCAAACAGGCCAAACUUGCCCAAAGAGGAACUUUUCCCCUUCUCUGCCUCUCCCUUUGGGGUUUUCUCUCUCUCUCGCUUUUGCUCUUUUUGCUCUUUUUGCUUUCGACGUCAGCUUUUCGACUUCAACUUCUCUCAGCUUCUCCGUCUUUUCUUCAGCGUCAACUCCAUCUUCAUCUUCAUCUUCGUCUCCUUCAGCUUCCAUCGCUGGCGGACGCUCGCUGUCCUCUCGAUCCUCCCCCUCCUCCUCCUCCUCCUCCCUUCGCCUCCCCGUCCUGUCAUCGCUGCUUGCUGGGAGUUUGUUCUUCCCGCCUAUUACUCUCUCUCGCCCUCAGUUUUUCCGGCCCGCCCUCGCUCAGCCCGUCGCUUUUUCCACCCUCUCCCGCCUCCUCCUCCAGCAGCCACAAGGCAAAAAAACAAAGACAGAGAAGAAACAUAGAGAAGACCAGGAAGCUCUCAUGCUCGUUCGUCCUUAA